UACCUUCGACAGGAAUGCAGCCGGGAGAGAGCGGGCAUCUCUUUGCUUCGCCUCCAGGAUCGCAGCGGCUGCUGGAUCUAGCCCACAAAUCCGCCUGCCGCUGUCUAGUGAGGAGCCCAGGAGGACAUUCGCAGGCGCCUUCCUAGUAGAUCCCUUGACACUCCAGAUCCCACCCCACCCCCUUUUACCACUAGAUCCCUGCCUCUAAGGCUCCCAGCAGCGAGCGGAGGUUCCUGUUGGAUCCCCUUUGGGUCACUGUGAGACCUACAUUCCGAUCUCCUCGUCCUCUCUCCAGCCUGCAUUGCAAUCAGUCUCCCAGCCGGAUCCCCUUCCAACCCAUUAAACAAGAUUAAUUUGGGCUCGAGCCUCCGGCUGCAGGAUCCCCCGCGCGUAUCGCUCGCCGCCUUUCUCCGCCGGCUGCGCGCCCUCCUGCUGUCGCCCACCAUGGCCUCCCCCUUCAAACGAGCCCCACAGCUCGGUUCCCUGCUGCAACGCCCCGCCCUGGCGACCCCGCCGGCCCCUCCGCACCAGCAGCAGCAGCUACUGCCCACGUCGUCGGUGUGCGCCUUGCAGCCCAAGGCGGAGGCGCCCCGGUGCCCCUUCCGCUCGCCCCACGCCCUCUCCGCCCUGCCCGGCCCGACCAAGUGGCCCUUGGUGGGCAGCUUCUUCGAGAUCCUGCGGAAAGGCGGCCUCAAGAAGCAGCACCUGACGCUGGCUGACUACCACCGCAAGUUUGGCAAAAUAUUCCGCAUGAAACUGGGUGCCUUCGACUCGGUGCAUAUCGGCGCACCCUGCUUGCUCGAGGCUCUCUAUAGGAAAGAAAGCACCUAUCCGCAGCGCCUGGAGAUUAAGCCCUGGAAAGCCUAUCGGGACUACCGGGACGAGGGCUACGGACUUCUCAUCCUAGAAGGGAAGGACUGGCAGAAAGUAAGAAGUGCAUUUCAGCAUAAAUUAAUGAAGCCCACAGAGAUUGUGAAGCUGGAUUCCAAAAUCAACCAGGUUUUAGCAGAUUUCAUGGAUCGAAUGGACACACUUUGUAACAAGAAUGGAGAAAUAGAUGAUUUAUAUUCUGAACUGAACAAGUGGUCAUUUGAAAGUAUCUGUCUAGUGCUGUAUGGGAAGAGAUUUGGGCUCCUGCAGCAGAAUGUGGGGGACGAAGGCUUGAACUUUAUCAAGGCCAUCAAGACGAUGAUGAGCACUUUUGGGAUGAUGAUGGUGACUCCAGUUGAGCUCCACAAAAGUCUAAAUACAAAGGUCUGGCAGGCUCACACAAAGGCAUGGGACCAUAUCUUCAAGACAGCAAAACAUUCCAUCAACAGCAGGCUGGAGAAGUACUCUGCAAACCCCAGCGAAGACUUCCUUUGUGAUAUUUAUUUUGAGAGCCAGCUGUCAAAGAAAGAACUGUAUGCCGCCAUCACAGAGUUUCAGAUUGCAGGAGUGGAAACGACUGCCAACAGUUUGCUCUGGGCUCUUUACAACCUCUCACGCAACCCACGCAUCCAGGCAAAACUGCUUGAGGAAAUCCAGAGUGUACUCGCAGCUGGAGAGAGCCCAAGCGCCGAACACCUGAAGAGAAUGCCCUAUUUGAAGGCCUGUCUGAAGGAAUCUAUGAGGUUAACACCCUCUGUGCCAUUUACCACUCGGACCCUUGACAAAGAAACAGUCCUUGGAGACUAUGAACUUCCUAAAGGAACAGUGUUGAUGUUAAACAGUCAUAUCCUAGGACGCAGUGAAGAAAACUUCAGGGACUGGACUCAGUUCAAGCCAGAACGGUGGCUACAGAAGAACAUAAAUCCAUUCGCUCACAUUCCUUUUGGCAUCGGGAAGCGGAUGUGCAUCGGACGCCGUUUGGCGGAGCUGCAGCUUCAUUUGGCCCUCUUUUGGAUUGUACAAAAGUACCAGAUCAUCGCAACUGAUGACAAACCAGUAGAAACCCUUCACUCGGGACUCCUGAUCCCCAACCGUGAAAUCCCUGUAGCAUUCAGAAUACGACCAGAUGCUGUUAAAAGAAAAGACUAAUAUGUUCAUUGGUUGCUUUUUCUGAAGACAAUGUCCAUGAAGGCCUGGAUCCCAACUCCCGCCACCUCAGUGAGGAAGCAGCUUCAUGCAGGCGUAUUUUAAUGGCAGUGUGCUGAUGGCAGGGAGAAAAUAAGGACCACCUGAUGUUUAUUCCAUCAUUGAGGGAGGCAAAUGUGUCAAAUGACUGGAAGCUCACCUGGGAAAUCCCUCAAGCACCAAAGAGAAACCUGAGAUAGCCUUCCCCACACACCUGAGGGUAUUUUUUAAAGGGAUGAAAUGGAAGACUGGUGGAGGUUGAGAGACUGUUAGCGGAUAGUGGAUCUCUUCAAGUAGACCUGACAGAAAUCGAUUACUAUUUGGGUGCUAACACAAAAGUCACUAGUCUAUUCAGUUAUGCUGGUCAUGGGUGUUAGCUUCCCAAGAAUGGAUGCUAUGAAAUUGGCAGCUCAUUGUUGAGUUACAGGGAUGAGAAUAUGGAAGGAGAUAUUUUUUUUAACUUUGAAAAUUAUUGACAUAUUGUACAAUCUGUGAGGAUUUUAAUUGAAUGGAGCACCAGCUUCUUGUUCUGAUUUGCCUUUUUGAAGAAGAUGAUAAAAGAAACUUUCCAAGAGAGUUGCAGUAUUUACCUUAUUAAAGAGGGAGGAAAUUAGCAACAUUCCUGCAAGCUCAAUUGAGCCUAUUUUCCCCUUCCCCCACCUGCCUGUGUUUGUACAGGCAGCACAAAUGGCCAUGGGUGAGGUGUCUGUAUGUACCUUCCAGAACCCAAUCCAGCCAUCCCUCUACACCUGUGGCUCUUGAGGACUAAUAACUUGACUGCAGCUAAGCAAAGAAUUAGAUGGGUUGUAUAUAAACAGAGUUCCACUCAGCCUAUGAGAAUACUCAGGUGCCAGAGCUGCAGUGGGGCUGAAUUACACUAUGUGUAUUUUUUCUUCUUAUGCACAUCCAUAUUGUAUUGCCUGUUCAUGUCAGUCCAGGGGGUUACACAAGUGCUACUACAGUUGGGCCUGCAUAUCUUGUAACUCUCAAAGUGUAAUGUCACUUGCAACUCUUGAGUGGGUAGCUGACCAGUGUCUGCAAUAAGUCCUUGUUUGGAAACACUGGAGGUUGUGAAGGGUCAAAUAUAUGACUGGGUGUGCUGCCCUGAAUUUGGUACAUUACUGAUUAUGCAGACUUUCUCUCUAGCGGCAUGGUGUGCCGUCAAAUAUGAGUGUUUUGGCUUACCAAUGUUUUUUAUCCAUUCCUUUGUAAUAAGGAAACGCCUUCUCUUUUUAAAAAAUUGUACAUAAAUGUGUCUCUUUUGUACAUUUUUAUAUUUACAUUUUUUAAAAAAAAAUGAGUGUGGGAAAACUUAACAGUUGAUGGUCAGUUGUACAUACCUGAAAUAUAUUUUGAAUUUCUGUCACUGAGGCUCGAUGUUUCUGUUCUUGAGGCUGAAGACUUUUGUAAUAAAGAGAGAAUUCUUUUUCACA